AUGACUUCUCAGGCUUCUGUUAUCCAUUAUGCGCCCAGCCUUAACGAAGUAACAUUCGCAGAAGUUGAAGGACAACUCCUGCAGUUAAAGAAUGCGUUUGACCCUAACAUUGAUGUUUACGUUCGUGCUGAAGGUGUCUUGUUCCAACAACUACAAAUCCCAGCCAACCUUAUUCGCCCAGAUGCAUAUCACCGCGGCAGUCGAAUAAUAGUUAAAAAUCUGCCAUCGCAAAAAUCAUUAUAUGGAGUGUUAAGAAAUGGCUUCUCGAUGUUCACCGAGGCCUUUUUUGGCGCUCAAUAUUUGAUACGCGCGUUGGGGCGAUCCGUUUCAGAAUUUCUGCCUAGUUUCCUGUCCGAUCCAAUCUUUGACAUGGAUACACAAAGAUAUAUGCACUCACUAUUCGAUGAAUUAAAAAAAUAUCCGGCAAAGAUACUCGCGUGGCAUCCAUAUGUAUCGAUGUUUGCGGUAGCUCAUAAGUCGGAUGUCAUUUUUUUAUAUGAUUUACGUGUUGAAGAGUGGUUUCCAGAAGUUUUGGAGACUGCCUUACAGAAAGAUAUCACAUGCAUGUCGUGGAAACCUUUAGGUGGAAACAUAUUGGCUGUUGGUUGCAAACUUGGUAUUUGUCUAUGGGAAUUAUCACUUGAACAGAAGAAAGCUUCAGUCAAAGGACCAUCUGGUUUCGACGCGUGGAUGCGUUACAUUAACUAUCCCGGUCAUGAUAAUAUAGUUUCGAUUGCGUGGCACCCUCAUGGGUCAAUAAUUCUAUGGAACACCUCAUUCGGAAGCGGAACGCCCCUAACAAUUAAUCGUAAAGUGGCAUUUUUGAGCUGGAGCCCUGUUGGAGAGCUGCUAUUUGCAUCCUUUUUAGAUGGUAAAAUUGAAGUAUGGGAAACUCAAAGGUGGACAUCAAAGAUUAUAACCGCACCAAUUCCAUUUCGACUUCCUACUGCAUGUUGGACAAUGGAUGGUCGCGCCCUAUUCUUGGCAUUUGAGGGGGAUCAAUGUGUCCGUUCCCUUUCAAUCUCCCCGAAUUUAGAUGCUGAAUGGUUUCCUGAAGAAUAUAUGUCAUAUAUUCCUGACUGCACUGGAAAAACAGUUGAACAAUUGGCGAUUGAUCCUACAGGGGAACGACUUGUGGUAUGUUUCAAAGAUACACCAUUGCUGGUGAUAUUCCACGCUAAGCGACCAACGUUAGUGUCAAGAGGUUCGAGUUUAUUAAGUGCUCAAGGAAUUAUGAGGGGACCAUCCUGGCACGAUCCUGAUGACAUUGGCGCUUUUUUAAAUCAGCCCGAUCCUAAAGCCAUUUCGAUAACUUUUGCGAGACAUUUUGCGAAAGGCGCAUUACUGAGUUUGGUCUGUAAUGAAUUUGCAUUUUACGAUACUGUUUCCCAAAUUAUUUGA